AUGGACAACCGGCUGGAGCCUCAACAACUCUUCGAAAGACCAGAGACACACCAAUCCGGAGGGAAUAAUGUGAAUAACACCAAACGAUCAGCCUGCGAAGCCUGCUAUGUACGCAAAAAGCGAUGUGUCUUUGACCCGCGAGAGCAAGAAUGCACUCAUUGCAUGAAAGAAGGACAAGCCUGUGUUGCCAGAAAACGUCGAACGAAGUAUGACCCCACAAACCCAAAUCCUUCGAUAGAGAGAGAGCAAAAGAAAGUAAUGUCAGAAGCCAGAUUGACUGAUAAUUACCAGAUCUCGUAA